AUGGCGACGCCGUCGCCGCGUGAUGACGUAAUGGAGACGAGAAAGGCGGGGAGGUGUCGCGCGGCGCUGACGUCACCGCGAGCGCAGGCCCAGGGGCGGGGCCAGCGUUGCCGUGGAGACCGGGACGCGUCGGGGGGGGAAAUGGCGGAGGUUCCCCCGCGGGAGCGCUCCCGCCGGGACGUCCCUCGGACUCCGGUUCGCGUUCGCUCCGUCCGGGCCGGGCAGUGCCGGGCGGUGCCGGUGGCGCCGGGGGGGGACGCGGCCGCCGGGGACGUCGCGGCUGAGCUGGUGACGCGCGUGAUGGACGCCUGCGCCGACGCCUUCGCCGCCCGCCAGGUGAGCGCCCACCGACGGCGGAUGGGGCCCCGGUUCCGGGCGCUCCCGGCAUUCCCACGCCGUGUCCCGAUGCCAGUGGGCUCCCGGCAUUCCGCUCCAUCGCCGGCUGGGAUGGAGCCUCAGGAUUCCAGAUUCCCGGCAUUCCCGCGCCAUGUUCUGCCGGGGAUGGGGAUCCUGAUUCCAGAGGCUCCUCGAAUUCCCGCUCCGUGUCCCGGUGAAGGCACGGGUGCAGCUCCAGGGGUUCCGGCAUUCCCAACCUGUGCCAGCGCUGGGGUGGGUCCGGAUCCCGGGGGUUCCGGCAUUCCCGCUCCGUGCCGAGGCGAGGUCCAUGUCUGGGGUAUUCCCGGCAUUCCCAGCCCAUCUCCUACCUGGGCUGAGGGUCCGGAUCCGGGGGGUUCCUGGCGAUCCGGUUGGUGCCGAGUUGGGGCUCCUCCGGCGCCGUGCGGCGGCCGCGGUGCUCUGCGGUGCUCACGGCGACUCCCGGCAGCGCAUUCCCUUCUCCGUGCGUUGGGUGUGCGACACUCUCCUGCUCGGCGCCCGCUGGCGCUUCCCGGCGCGGGACGAGGGCGACGCCGACGCCGGCACGGAGCGCCAGGACGCGGAGCCGCCGCCGUGCCCCCUGGACUCCUGCGCCCCGGGCGCCGUCCCCGUCCGGCACAGCCGCAGCCAGGUCUCUGUUGCCGGAGCUCAGGACCCCCCUGUGCCGCCCGCGCCGCGCAGUGCCAUCGUCCCCGUGCCGGAGCCGCCCCGCGCCGAGCUGCUGCCAGACGAGGCCACGGCGUCCCAGCGCCCCCCGGGAAGGGCCCCCCGGCACACAGCCCCCCGCACACCCCACCGCGCGGCAACAGCGCGGCCGCAGCGGGGCCGGCAGCCGCCACAGCCACACCGGGACGCGGCGGAUGUCAAUGGCCACGAACCGCCACCGCCUCCCUCCCGCGCCACCCCGGCUGCGCUCCGGCCACGGGGGAACCGCGAGGGCACCGUCCCUGUGCCGCAGCUGCUCCGGCGGCGCCGCCCCGGGCGAUGGAUCCGCCCGCAGGUGGAGGUGCUCCAUGUGGGCGCCGAGGCCGAGGCAUCGGCACGAGGUCGCGGUGCCGGCGGGCGCAGCCCGGGCAUCGCGGGGCACACACGGGCACAGCUGGCGCCGCGGCUCCCCAGACCUCUGCCGCGGCCGCUGGGCUCGGCGCUGGCGCCCGGCGUCACCGUCCGGUGGAGCAGCAGACGGGAGAGCGCGGCACAGCCCACGGCGCCCGGCGAGGACACCGACGCCGAGCGGGACCUGCGGCCCAUCCGCCCCGGUGUGCCCUUCGCCGGGCGGCUCUCGGGCCACGGCGGGCGCUGAGCGGCUCCUCCUCCUCUUCGCACCGCAGAGCCGCCCCUGAGGCACUCUGGCGUCGCGGUGCCAUCGCCGCCCUCGCCCCGGACGGGCCCCGCACCGCACCGGCACAGCCGCGGCGGCUCUGCCUCUGCCGCACAAACCACGAGGGGAAUAAAGAGGUUUCUGUUGUUCAGCUCUGUCCUUUGCCGAUGAUCCCCCCGGCACUCCUGCUCCCUGACCGGCACCGUUCCCGGCAGCGUGGUGCGAGGCCGGGCGGUGCCGGGAGCCCCCGGUGCCCACGCCCGCAGCCCACGGCGGCACCGAUGGCUCUGGCAGGGUGGGACCGCGGCGCGGCUGUGCCGUGGGAGGUCGGUGCUGCCCGUGCACAUCCCCGAGCUGUGGCACCGGUUCUGCUCCUCCACCCAAUGCCGGUGGGCGUGAGCGGCUCCGGCGCGGCCCCAGUGCUGCGGUGCCGGGGGAAGGCCCUUUCUGACCUCCGACCCCGGCGGACUCUGUCCCGGCGCAGCGGUCGCACCGCGGCCAUGGAGGUGCCGAGCGGCUGCAGCCACCCGGGUUGGUUCGUGCUGGCGCUGGUGCUGGCACUGUGGCUCUGGGUGCGGCGCAGGCGGUGCUGGGACCCGCGCCGCUGCCCCGCCGACCUCACCGGCAAGACCGUCAUCGUCACCGGAGCCAACAGCGGGAUCGGUAAGUGCGUGGCGCUGGACCUGGCGCGCCGGAACGCCCGCACCAUCCUGGCGUGUCGGAGCCGGGAGCGCGGCGAGGCGGCGGCGGCGGAGAUCCGGGCGGCCACCGGCAAUCCGGCGGUGGUGGUGCGCGUGGUGGACACCGCCUCGCUGGCAUCGGUGCGCGCCUUCGCCCGUGCUGUGCUGCGAGAGGAGACGCGGCUCGACGUCCUCGUCAACAACGCCGGCAGCACCGGGCUGCCGUUUGCGGUGACGCCGGAGGGUUUGGAGCGAACCUUCGCCACCAACUACGUGGGCACCUUCCUGCUGACGCGGCUCCUGCUCGACCUCCUGAAGGCCUCGGCGCCCGCCCGCAUCGUCAACGUCUCCUCCUUCCGGCACCGCGCCGGCACCGCCGACUGCCGCUUCCUGACCGGGCAGGCGCGGCCCGGCAGCUUCGACGCCGCCUACAACAGCACCAAACUGAUGAACGUCCUCUUCACCGCCGAGCUGGCGCGGCGCCUGCGCGGCACAGGGGUGACCGCCAACGCGCUGAGCCCCGGCGUGGUGAGCACCGGCAUCAUGCGCCACUUCGGCUGCGCCGUGCGGGCGCUCUUCGCCCUCGCCCGCCCCUUCAUCAAGUCGGCAGAGCGCGGCGCCGCCAGCACCAUCUUCUGUGCCGUCUCCGAGGAGGCCGCGGGCAUCUCCGGCAAAUACUUCGACAGCGAGUGCGGGCUGGCACUGCCGGCGCCGGCCGCCCGCGACGCCGCGCUGGCGCGAAAGCUCUGGGAGGAGACGGAGCGGCUGACGGGGCUCCACGGCGCCUCCCGGCACUGAACGUGCACCGCCGCGGCCACUGUGGCGGCAACCCCGCGGCUCCCGGUGCUGGGGACCGCGCCGGGAGAGCCACCGCGAUCGGUGCCGGGACAGAGCGCACCAACAGCCGCGGUACACGUCCUUUAUUAAAACAC